UCUUCAUCCAUUCUUCUUUUUUUCCACGCUAGGAACUAUAACUAGGAACAUUAUAACUAGGAACAUUAGAUAAUUAGUUUUGAUGGGCCGUUCAUUAACAGGAUGGACCCUAAGUCAAGUUACUUGCUGGAAAUUAGACUCAGUUGCAAUCCUAAAAAGCAUAGGAAGGAUAUUUUAUACUUUAGCUUAAGUAACGUUGUGGAUUCUGAUCUAUGCAAUUUUAAGGACCUCGUCGAAGAAAUUGUUAAUCAGUACCCUCCUGGUUACCUGGAAGUAGUGCAUGUUUUUUACUAUGAUGAAGUCAAAAAAUGCUUCCCACGAGUCACAACAGAUCAGGAACUACUUGAAAUGUUUAGCAAGUAUGUUGAGAAGAAGGUAAUUCGCAUGGCCAUUGCAUACACUGAUUCCACACAUGCUGUGCCUAUCCUUGAAUGCUACACCCCAGAAAAUUCAGAUGUGCUUGAUAUCCCAUGCACCCCAUCUAUGGCUUGUCCAUCACUUGCUACAGCAAGCCAGUCCAAUGAGCCAAUAUGCAGCCAAUAUUCUAAGCCAAAAACAAACCAGCCCUCUGAACAUAGCACAAAUGAACCUAGCACAAAUAAACCUAAUGAUGCUCCUGAUGGUGAUGAAAAUUUAGCAAAUCCUGAACCACAAAAUGAACAUAUGGGUGUUGAUGAUGAAGGCUUGUACUUAGCUGUUCAUAAGACACAUGUGGUUGAGGAAAGUGACUCUGCGUCUGAUUCUGAAUCCGACGAGGAGUAUGAGGAGGGGGAUGACUUAGUUGGCAAGGAUCCCUUGCCACUUAUGCCAGUUAUGGCCUAUGACCGAGAUGUCCCACCAAUGAGUGUAGGCAGUCUAUAUCCUAAUAUGGAGCAAUUUAAGUUGGCACUUUCUCAACAUGCUAUCAAACAUGAGUUUGAGUAUGACACUAAAAAGAAUGAUCCAGGACGAUUGAGGGCUUAUUAUUUAAGGAAGGAAGAAGAAGGGUGUAGGUUGCAUGCUUCUACAAUUAAGGUUGAAAAAACCGUAAAGCAUAUUCAUGGGCUCCAUACUUCUUUGAGAAGCAUUGGAAUGCAAUGGAUGAAGAAAAUCCAGAAGCAAUGAAUUAUAUAAGGCAAUGUCAUACUAAGAUAUGGGCAAGAAGUCAAUUUUGGACCCAUUGCAAGGUUGACUAUAUCACAAACAACUUGGCAGAGUACUUCAACAAUUGGGUAAAGAAGUACAAGGGUUUGAAUUUGGAUGACUUCAUGGACAUGAUUAGACAACUUAUUAUGGAUAAGUGGGAUAUUAGAAGGGAUGUCUCAGCAAAGAUGAAGGGCUCAUUUUGCCACACAUCAUGAAGGAGUUGAGGGAGCAAAGCAGGAACUUGGAUAUGGAUGUCCAUAGAAGUGGAGAUAUUUUUGGAGAGGUGGGUGUUAAGGGUGGCAGUGGCUACAAAUGUGUUGUCAAUCUAGAAGAAAGAAAUUGUUCAUGCAGGAAAUGGCAAGUAUUAGGGAUUCCAUGCAAACAUGCCAUUGCAUUCAUCACAUAUCUUAGGGAAUCUCUAGAGAAAUAUGUUGACAACUAUUAUUCAGUUGAUAAAUUCAGAGCUGCUUAUGAGUCUCUCAUUCCUGCCAUGCCUGACAAAGCACAAUGGCCACAAUUUGAUCAUGGUUUUUUUAUGCAUCCACCACUCAUAAAAUCUACAGUGGGUAGAAGACAGAACCAGAGGUUUAAAGGUUGUACAGAAGGCAGCACAACAAGAAAGAAAGGGUCACAUCAGUGCAAAGUUUGCAAGAAAUAUGGCCAUCGCUAGUAUAAGUGUAAGGAAGGUGACCCUGAGGACAUAGCAGCUAUGCUAGCUGAAGAGAGUCCACCAAAGAAAAGUAAGAAAAUCAUUGAGCCAUCUUGUGAGAGUAGCAUUGUACCUAUUGGUCUAACACCUAAGACAAUGAAUUUUCCUCCUAGAUAAAGUACCUCGGUUAGCUUAAGAUCUAGAAACUCUCUCAGGUCCGGAAGUGGCUCAAACCAACUUGAGCUACUUCCUGCACAUGAGACAACACCACCACCUGCCACCACCAAGCCCAGGGAGAAGAAAGCUAAAGGGAAGGCAGCAGGGAAGAAAAAUAAAAAAGAAAUUUCAGUGCCACAUGAUAGUCUUGCAGUGAGAACUAGAAGCAAGAUCCCUCAACAAGACAACCCUGCCUCUCAUACCAGAAGCAAAAGAAAGCUUCCACUUACUGAUCUGAACUAGUGUUGAUGCUGAUUCUUUUGUAUGUCAUUUCCUAUUUUGGUUGAUCUUUGUGACACCAAAUCUAAUAUUCUUUUGCUACGCUAUAACUAGUAGUUGUUGUUACUUUACCUGUAUAGCUACUUGUAUGGAAGCAAUGGCUCAUUGCAAGGAUGCUUGUAUGGACAUCAAUGACUACUUGUAUGGCUGCUUGUAUGUAUAGCAAUGAUGCUUGUAUAGACAUCAAUGGCUAUUUGCAUGGCUGCAUAUAUGGACAACAAUGAUGCUAUAUAGACAUCAAUGGUUGUUUGA